CGAACGAUGUAGUCCUACGCGCUGAGACUUGGUGCGAGGAGGUCGCCAUUUUUGUCACAUGUUCACUUUUCCAUCUCACAUGACCUGUUGUUUGGCCCCGUGAUCAAGCUCACCACCUUCCCUGGCAAAUUCAAACCAACUUCGAUAUCACAGCAUGGACAUGCUUGACCAGGCAUUGGACUCCAGGUAUUUGAGUGGUCGUGGCUUGAAAUAUGAAAUUCAUGACAAAGAGGACUCACCUGAGGCUGAAGAACAGCUUCGACUGGGAGCAGCAGAUGAUGCAUCAGAUGAGCAGGCAGCAGCCAUAGCCAGUGUUACAGGACAAGGGACUUUGACCCUUGACCCUAAUGUCCAGUUUCAGCUAAGAGCAGAUAGUGGAAGUCAAGGGCAAGUAACAUAUCGAGUGGUGCAGGUGUCACAUGAUGGCUCUGAAGCUACAGCACAGGUUGUCACUUCCAGUGCUUUUCCUGGCAAUCAAGUGACAGUCAUUCAGAGCCCCUUCAGUAAUGGUGGUAGUCCAACCCCAGAACAACAGGGUGAUGCACGAUUUGCAUAUUUUCCUGCUGCUGCAACUGCUGAUGGUGCAGUCGUUACUACACAAGCAGAAUCCAUCACAGCUGCCACAGCCAUAGGACCUGUUACAGGUCAGUUCUAUGUCAUGAUGUCACCACAAGAUGUUUUGCAAGGCACACAGAGAACCAUAGCUCCUCGUACAACAUUUUCACCUAAACUAGAAGGACGUUCGUCCAGAGAUGACAGGAGGAGAGCCACACACAACGAAGUUGAACGUCGACGACGAGACAAAAUCAACAAUUGGAUAGUGCAACUAUCUAAGCUUGUGCCAGACUGCACCCAGGAAACCGUCAAACAGUCUCAGGCAAGUAAAGGGGGCAUUUUGGCGAAGGCCUGCGAGUACAUCCAGGAACUUCGAUCCAGCAACAUGCGCUUGUCAGAUAAUGUUAAGGAAAUGGAGCGGCUUUCUGUGGACCUAGAACUUUUUCGUCAACAGUGUGAAGAACUUAAACGUGAAAAUGAAAUCCUUCGACAGACACUGCAGCAGCAUGGAAUUGUUGUGCCAGAUUUAUCACCAGACAGUGCCUCCUAGCUAUAGCCUGCAUGUGUGGGACUCGUGUAGAUGAUUGAAAAAAAAAUCUGAGAAGGUAGAAGUGAGAAUAAGGCUGAGAAGACAGGCUGUUGCAUGGCGAGUGUAUCGUGUCCACAUUUCUGGAAAGACAGGCUUCCCUGUGUGGAUGUUGUUUCCUUUCCUGGGUUGUUGUUACUUCAGACUUAACAGUAGUUAACUUUUAAUGAAGAAUUUUUUUAUGUGUGCCGCCAGCUAUGUGGUGUGUCAUGGUCUGGGUGGACUGGGUUACUUGAGAAAGAGAAAGAUGAUGGAUCAUCCUAGAAAAUAAAAAGCCUAAUUGCGCCAACAGUAUCUGAUUCCUUCCUUGUGGAUAAAAGCUCAGUAUUAUGAGCUGAAAGGAUCUUCAUUUGUAAUUCAUUGGGGAAAACAUAGGGACAUCAACUUGCCACGCUUACAUCAGGUACAUUUUACCUUAAUGCAAAGGUCACGUUUGAGGAGUGAGUGAGGACUACUUUCACAUAUUACUUUAGCAUGCUGGUUUACUGUGUAAUACAGCCAUCAGGAAAGAGUUCACACUCACUUUAAGUGAUGGCCAAGGUUGUCUGCUAGUGUGGUGUAUGUUACACCAUAGUGAAAUAUACAUCGUAGUGUGUAUUAGAGAUAAGAAUAGGGUGUUGUGUGUGUUGAUUUUUUUUUUUUUUUUAACUGCCUGACUUGUUUAUUUCCUAGAUGACAUCUUAAACUAUUGAACAAAUCUGAACAAUCUUUUUGCCUGCCUGCUAUUAGGGGGAGUGUCUUCCUGCAGUCAGUGGUCCUGUUAGGGUGCUGGAGUGGUUAUUUGCAAAAUAAGUCCUCAGUUCUAUACCGUUUCUAUUUUACAAAAGCUAGGUAAAGAAGGCCAACAUCUAGUGGGGGGAAAAAAGUAGAAAGCUGUUAACUAUUGCUUACCUAAAGGCCUUUCUUAAGAGGGCUAAGUUCUAAAACAUCAAACCACUAAAGUGCCAUAAAGUCACAUUUUAUUGGCACUAUGUUAACAAAUAUGUCUGAACUUACCAUGCUGACCAUUGUUUUAAUGUCCUAAAUGGUCAUCUCCAAACCAUUAACUUCUUUGUGACAUUCAUAUACAACUUUGACAAUCAUGGUCUUGUGAUGUAGCCUUCGUUGCUGGCACAGCAUAAAACAAAAAUCAGACAACCAAACUAUUUGCUGUCAUGGUCAAAUGUUUCAUUCAUUUAAGAAGAACCUUUAGAUGUAAAUCCAUUGAUUCUUAUGCUUUUCAGGUCCUAAAUAUUUUCUUAUCAGAAGAGAUGUACAAAGGCAUAACAUUCAUCUCUGUAGUUUAAUUUUAAAAAAAGUUUUCGGAUGCACAGCAAAAGAGAUGAAAUCAAUUAAAAAAAAACUAGCUUGAUGGACCGAAUUGUAGUAUAAGGAAGGGAAUUGCAACUGUACCAUGAAUGCAGUUUCAUUGCUCCCCUGAAAGAUCUGUGUCGCUUCUAAGAGUCCUGAUUACAAGUUUUGUCAGAUAGGAUUGGGAGGAAGGGUUCUAAUCUUUAUGGUCAGUUGUCAUUUUGUCAUGACAUUCUAAUUUUAUAUAAAUGGUAAACAUCACUUUUGAAUGCUGUCAUUUCAAUUCUGUGUAAAGCAUCUGCACAGAAAAGAUUAAAAAAAAAAAAAGAAUGCUUUGCACAUCAAUACAUUAUGCAGGUCCAACCAGGAAUAACAGGUAAUUGCAUGUAAACAAACAUGCUGUGAUCUGUAAUUUUACUGUGAAAGAUGAUAACUUUAGAAGCAUUUAUGUAAACUACCAGAAACCCAUUAGAAUGUUCUGCCUUUUAGCAGAUUGCUUUCAAAGAGCAAGGUCACAUUCUGUCCACUUUAAAAAUGCUAUCAUGAUCUGAAAUAGAUCAUGGCAGACUCUGCCAGAAGCAAACUAGUCUCUUAAUUGGUAAGGAGAUACUGUUGCAGUACAUUGAAUGGCCUACCACUGUACUUUUGUAUUUUUCGUAGUUAGCAGUUCAUGCUUGUUUUCUUGAAUUGCUUUCAUUUAAAAAAAGGCAUACUCAUGUUCCAUGCAGUUGUGCUGAAGUAUAGUAAGCUGCAUGGUGGCUUUAGAAAGCUCUAUUGGGGCAUGUGCAGGGUCUAUCCUGUAGUUUUAGAUCAUGAUGGAGGGGCGAUUGAAAAUUGCAGUCAGGUAUGUUUUAACUGUUCAUUGCUUGAUCAAUGAUGCCAGAACUAUUUAAAUCAAGUAUUUUCAUGUGUGGUAAUGGUGCAUGUCAGAUUGUCUAGUUACAACUGAUAAAAGGGUAAGAACAGAGUGCACAGAUGACUUUAAAUAUAUUAAUAGUCAGUACACGUGCAGGCUAUGGAUUUAUAUGUACAUUAAAGAGAAGCUCAUCAGUUCUCACUGUAGGUAGGAAUUGAGCAACUUGCGUGUUUCAAGCACUGGUGUAGUGGGCAUGUCCUACCCACAUGAAUAUUUGUUGUUGCUUUUAAAAUAUGUAGAUGCUAUUUCCUUAACAGACCAGUAAGGAGUUUCUUGUUCCAGAAUUUGGAUCCAUUUCUUUUACUCUAUUCAAAAAGUUCAGAUAGUCUUGAUUCACCCCUAUAGCAGUUUUGAGUGAAAGAGGCUCUACACGGGUGUAGACCAAUCUGUGACAGCAUUGUGAGACAAGUUCUUGGUGGGAAGUCUAUAAUUUUGUUUAUAGUUGAUGUCAAAUGUGUAGUAAAAAAAUAAAUGAAGGCCCUGUACUUUGCAGCUGUUUUCUCCCAUGUAUAUGUGAAACAUUAUAUUCCUCUGUAAACUUAACUCAAAGGGAAAGGUAUUACAUUGAACAGUUUGGGUACUACAGAUGUAGAGAUUCUGUAAUAUUUUCACUUUGGAUACAAAAAGUGUGCCUUCCUUGUUUGAAAAUGCUGAAUGAGGCAGUGCUGUGUACCGAAUGCUUCUAUUUAAAAAUGCAUUUAAACAUUGAAGAUACUCAGUCAACUGGUGUUGAGUGAUUUUUGUUGAAGGUACUUCCUGUAAUGGCCCCUCCAAUAUUCUAAGGCGAAAAGCCUGUUAUUUCCAACAUACAUUUUUUGUCUGUCUUUUUUGGGGAGGAGGGGGUGCAAGGAAAUAUGUGUGCAGAAAUGGCAGAUGCAAAGAUUGUUGAUAAUGAGAAAAAAAGCUAGAUGUGUAUAUAUAUGUUAUGUUAUGUCAUAUGUGUAUUUUGGCUGGUCUGAAAAUUGCAAGGGUAAGGAAGAAUCGUUUACUUUCACAGAAAUAAAAAUAUCACCUUUUUU